GCACAGGUGUCACAUCUUUACCUGGCAUCCCGCUAAGGACAUCGGAGGUGCAAGCAGUCUAUCUGUCAGCCACACCUGAAACUAAAUUUACACAAGAUCUUCAUUUCAAGGAACUGCGCAUCUUUUUGCUUCUUAUCCCAAUUUCACCCAUCACUGGAACUGGAGACAAGAGCUACAGGCAUGGACAACAGACUGGUCCUCACUGUCCUCUUUGUGAUGCUGUCUUGGAUUUCUGUGGGCACCUACGCCCAAAACGCUACAGCAGCACCAAACGUGACAACAGUAGCAGGAAACAUGACAACAGCAGCAGGAAACAUGACAACAGCAGCAGGAAACAUGACAACAGCAGCAGGAAACAUGACAACAGCAGCACCAACCAUGACAACAGCAGCACCAACCAUGACAACAGCAGCAGGAAACAUGACAACAGCAGCAGGAAACAUGACAACAGCAGCAGGAAACAUGACAACAGCAGCACCAACCAUGACAACAGCAGCAGGAAACAUGACAACAGCAGCAGGAAACAUGACAACAGCAGCACCAACCAUGACAACAGCAGCACCAAACAUGACAACAGCAGCAUCAAACAUGACAACAGCAGCACCAACCAUGACAACAGCAGCAUCAAACAUGACAACAGCAGCACCAAACAUGACAACAGCAGCACCAAACAUGACAACAGCAGCACCAAACAUGACAACAGCCACAACAGUACCAACAACCACACCGGCCACAACAGCAGCAACAACCACACCGGCCACAACAGUAGCAACAAUAACCACACUGGCUCCUCCACUGAUACCUAACACCACAGUGGACAAUCUUGUGGAAUUCAUUACUAGGGCAGGGUGUGGGAACACCAAGUUAUGUUUGGAUCAGCCCUUGGGGUGCACACCCGGCGCAGCAGCAGGAUGUAGCUUUUGUUCUCUAAGACAGACGAGCGGUCAAAACUUUGUAGUUGAGCUCUCAGGAGAGUCAGGCUACAUUGCUCUCUCCGUGUCAUUCGGCGCCACACAGGGAGGAAAUGCCCAAACCUACGUCUGCGCAAACGGCAACGGUGUUGUUAGAUUCUUUAGCACUUUCCUCAACAACGGCGUGCUGACUGAGACAGUGCUGAACGUGAACUCUGUGAGGGGCAGAGUCAAUGGAAGAAAUAUCCAGUGUAUAUUUGCCGUCACUCUACCAGACAGCAGUAACAGAGCAGCAAGUCUCUCUGCGGCAGUCGUCAGCGGAACUUUCAACAGCACUACAGGUGCUUUAGGACGAGCCGUGUCCCAAAUACAGACCGGCGUUAUAGACCUGGCGAAUCCUAGCAGCAACUUCACGAACCUGGUGACCCCUAGCCACGGUAUUACACUCCAGCAAUCUCUGACGCAAGCUCUGCUGAUCGCUGUGGGUGUGCUAAGUCUGACCAGGCUAUGAGGAAACCCCCAUGAGUCAAGACAAAAAAAAAAAAACUUCCCUAGUGUGCUACUGAAUAUAAACAUCUCACAGGAGGUUUACUAUCCACAGUGCAUCUCAGAUUAUUAAGAUCAUUAUUAAAUCAAUUUACAGCAGGUGAAAGUAGGAGUGGUGGAGGGUGGUCACUCUUCUGCAGCCUUCUGACUGCUUUCACAUCUGCGAAGGCUCUGAAACAAAGAAGUGAAUUAAUUUUAAGAGUCCAUUUUUGUUUAGUUUUGUAACCACAGGACUGCUGGAUUUCUGUCCUGCAAGUUACUUAAUUGCAGGCAAACACUCUCUUCCCAAGGUGAAAAUCAAUCUUUAAAUGGUUAGAAUGGGGUAAAAAUGAGAAGCACUAUUACAAUUAAUCAAACAUCAAAUCAUAAUCAAUUGAACCACUACCUGGCUUUCACCAGUAGAUGGCAUGCUUUACACAAAUUUGGGGUUUGGGGUCUGGUUACUUUUUAAGCCUACAUUGCUAUAGUGUGGCAAAAAGCUCAUGACUCGUGACACAGCAACGUCUAGAGCCAUCAAAUUAUGAAACUGUGAUGCCAGGAAAACAUCUGUUGGUAAAUUUCAACAGUGCAUAAGUGUCAAAACGUUGUCAAAAAGCUAAUGACGAACUGUUUGUUAACCAUGAUAUUAUUUUGUUUACCCUCAGAAUAGGCAGAUGUGCGCUUAUGAAGAACCAUAAUUAUUUUUGCUUUGUGUUUUUUCUUUUCAGCAAAAUGCAGAAAUGUGUGUUUGCACUGUUAUUAUUAUCAUUAUUAUUAUUAUUAUUAUUAUAAUGCUACUCUCUUUUGCGUGAAUGUACAUAUUGUUGUUGAUUCAACAACAAUUUUAAAAUGAAGCCUUCAUUGGCUGAUAUAUGUGUGUGUGUGUGUGUGUGUGUGUGUAUGUUAGAGUGUAUGUGCAAGUACACAUGCAAACAAGCAUUGGCUCAGAAUGCUAUAUAUGAUACCAAAUAUUGGUGAAACAGAUUUUGCACAUUGCAUUAUGUAACUUGAGUGACUAUUAUAUAUUUUUGAAAUAAAUAUUUUAUGAAAACUGA